AUGCUUGUCGUCGUCUCAUGGGUCUCGUUUUGGCUUGAUAAGGAUGCUGUACCAGCUCGUGUAUCACUGGGAGUCACCACUUUGCUGACAAUGACCACUCAAGCGAGUGGUAUCAAUUCGAAACUUCCGCCAGUUUCUUAUAUUAAAGCUGUCGAUGUUUGGAUUGGAGUGUGCCUCGCAUUCAUUUUUGGAGCACUUUUAGAAUAUGCAGUCGUCAAUUAUUAUGGAAGAAAAGAGUUUUUGAGGAAGGAAAAGAAAAAGAAGACACGAAUUGACGACUGUGUGUGUCCAUCGGAUCGUCCGCCACUUCGUCUCGAUUUAUCAGCGUAUCGAGGUGUGAGGAAGCUUCCGAUUGUGAAGAGGAUAAGCGAACUCCUAUCCGCCAAUAUCGACAUAUCUCGGAGGGUUGAUUUGAUGUCCCGACUGACAUUCCCACUUACAUUCUUCUCAUUUUUAAUAUUCUACUACCAAGCCUAUGUAAAACAAAGCCGUGAUCCGUGA